AAAAUAGUGAAACAGUGGCGCGCCGGUAGGAUUCAGCCGUCACAGAGAGAGAGACAGAGGACCAUGACAGACCCCAAAACAAGCAAAGAGCAGAAGUAUGAUCGACAGCUCAGGUUGUGGGGAGAUCAUGGACAGGAAGCACUUGAAAAUGCCCAUGUGUGUCUCAUCAAUGCCACUGCAUCUGGCACUGAAAUCCUCAAGAACCUUGUGCUGCCCGGAAUCGGAGCCUUUACCAUUGUAGACGGGCACAAAGUUUCAGGGGAGGAUGUUGGAAACAACUUUUUUCUCAGCAGCAGUGCUAUUGGAAAGAACAGGGCACAGGCGGCUACGGAAUUGCUCCAGGAGCUCAACAGUGAUGUUUCUGGAAACUUUGUGGAAGAGAGUCCUGAUAAGCUAUUGGACAACGACUGUGAGUUUUUUCACAGGUUUAGUCUGGUAAUUGCCGUCCAGCUUCCAGAAAGCACAUGUUUGAGGCUCGGUGCAGUGUUAUGGGAGGCUGGAGUGCCAUUUCUUGUAUGUCGAACAUAUGGACUUAUUGGCUACAUGAGGCUGAUUGUAAAGGAGCACACAGUGGUGGAGUCUCAUCCAGAUAAUGUUUUGGAGGAUCUGAGACUAGACCAGCCAUUCACAGAGCUCAAACGCCAUGUAGAGUCUUACGACUUGGACAACAUGGAGAAGAAGGAUCACAGUCACACACCGUGGAUCAUUGUGGUUGCCAGAUAUUUGGAAAAGUGGUACAAUGAGAACAACUCCCAGUUGCCCAAGAAUUAUAAGGAGAAAGAAGCAUUCAGGCAACUCCUCAGAGAAGGGAUCCUUAAGAAUGAGAAUGGAGGACUUGAAGAUGAAGAGAACUUUGAGGAGGCGAUCAAGAACGUGAACACUGCUCUAAACCCCACUAAGAUCUCCAGUGGAACGCAGGACAUUUUUAAUGCUGAGCAGUGUGAAAACAUUACCUCACAGAGCUCGUCCUUUUGGGUGAUGGCACAUGGAGUUCGGGACUUUGUUCAAAAUGAGGGGAACGGAAACCUCCCGGUUCGAGGAAGCAUCCCAGACAUGAUUGCAGAUUCAGACAAAUUCAUCAAGUUACAAAAUGUGUACAGAGACAAAGCCAUGAGGGAUGCAGCAGUUGUGUCCAAACAUGUUGAAAUGCUUCUACAAUCAGUUGGAAAGACUCCAGAAAGCAUCUCUGAACAGGAAAUCAAACUCUUUUGUAAGAACGCGGCUUUCCUCCGAGUGGUGCGCUGCAGGUCUCUGGCUGACGAGUACAGUGUGGACACUUUUAAUAAAGAUGAAAUCACAUCCUGUAUGGACAGUCCAGACAGUGAGAUGGUUCUGUACCUUAUGCUCCGCUCAGUCGACCGCUUCUAUCAGCAACACUCCCGCUACCCAGGUGUCUACAAUUAUCAGGUGGAGGAAGACAUUAACAAGCUGAAGCUGUGUGUAAACAGUCUCCUGCAGGAGUACAGUCUUAACGUCAAUGUAAAAGAUGACUACAUCCAUGAGUUCUGCCGAUAUGGAGCUGCUGAGCCACACACAGUCGCAGCUUUUCUGGGAGGAUCAGCGGCUCAAGAGGCCAUUAAAAUCAUCACGCACCAGUUUGUACCUUUCAACAACACGUUCCUCUAUAACGCCAUGUCACAGACCUCUGCGACUUUUCAGCUGUAAAACAGUCAUCUCCAUCUGUUUCUCCAUUCCUCUGUCGAAGUGCUGGCCUCAAAUUGGCACUCAAGUUUAUUUAUGCUUGCAUUGGUCGAUGGUGUUGCUUUUUAGACAAGUCUCAACACUGAUGCUAAAUACUGAAUAAACAGUGUAUCUCCAAA